AUGGAAAAGAAACUUCAAGCAAAAAAUGAAGUCAUUGAAGCAAAAGACAAAAGCAUUCAGAAAAGAAUACCACGUUCGGUACCAAAAGGUAAGGAAAAGAACUAUAAGUAUAUGAUUUAUACUGAAGAGAUGGAAAAUGAAGAAGACAGAGAUAUGGUUAUGUUGCAUUUAGUCAGAAGAAACAACAAAAGCUUUUACGACCUUGCUAAGAUUUACAAAUCUGACAGAAAUUGGUUCUAUCGCGAAAACUUACCGAUUUCAAUGACACCGAAUGAAGAUGUGAAACAAAUAGUUCAAGAUACGUUACCUCAAACACACUAUGAUAUGAAAGGUUGUACAAUACUUACCUUCAAAGAAGAUUUGCCAUUGUUAAAGGAAAAAAUAACAGAGUAUUUUGACAACUUCAAACAAGUAGAGUAG